AUGUGUGAAAAACUGGGCUCCCUCAAGACCAGCACCACACCCCUCCACCCUCAGAGGGAUGGGACUCCAAAGGCAAAUGACUACGCUACAAGGCUCCAGGACCACUUGGACUUCGCCAAAGGCCACCUGCGGAGUGCAGGAGCAAAGCUCGACAACAGGUGGUUCAGCUUGGGGGCCAGGAUUAGCCUUUAUUUGUUGUUUGCUUCAGGCAUACUGGUCACUGUUUUAGGGAACGGUGUUGUCAUUGUGUCGAUAGGUCAUUUUAAGCAGCUGCAGAAUCCCACCAAUGUGCUUGUUUUAUCUCUUGCUCUUGCCGACCUUCUUGUGGGAGUUAUUGUGAUGCCCUUCAGCGCCAUUCGGACCGUUCAUGGCUGCUGGUUCUACGGUGAUGACUUCUGUCAGUUGCAUUCUAGUUUUGACAUGUUUCUUACCACUGUAUCUAUCUUCCACCUGGUCUGCAUUGCUGUAGACAGACAACAAGCAAUAUGCAAUCCUUUGCAUUAUUCCAGGAAAAUCACAAUGUCAGUGGCCUGUAUUAUGGUCUAUGUGAGCUGGGCACUGGCUGCUCUUUACUCCUAUGGACUACUUUACUCAAAGGCCAACGUAGCAGGAUUAGAGGAGUAUAUGGUGUCAAUAAACUGCCUUGGUAGUUGUAACCUUCUCUUUAACCCCCUUUGGGGAAUCCUGGACAGUAUUACUGCCUUCUUUUUUCCCUCCACUGUAAUGAUUUGUCUGUACACUAAAAUAUUUAUUGUGGCCAAAGAGCAUGUAAGAAAGAUCGGAGAUAUGAGCCACUGUUCCAGUGACAGAGGAAGAGGUGGGUUGGUUAAACAGUCUGAGCACAAAGCUGCGAAGACUCUGGCUAUUGUGCUCGGUGCAUUCAUCUUAUGUUGGAUGCCCUUUUUUAUUAACUCUAUAAUAGAUGCCUACACUGGCUUCAUCACACCUGCUGCUGUCUUUGAGGCAUUUGUUUGGUUGGGUUACUUCAAUUCAACCUUGAACCCAGUUAUUUAUGCCUUUUUUUAUCCUUGGUUUAAGAAAUGUUUUUAUCUCAUUGUCAGUCUGAAAAUAUUUGACCCCCAUUCUUCAACC